ACGCAGAUUGUGGCUGGCUGGUCAGGUGACGUGAGGAUCCCUCGAGUCGAUUUAGGCCGCUGUUCUAGGCUCCCGCGGUCCAAGCCACCAUGGCCAGUCAGUCUCAGGGCAUCCAGCAGCUGCUGCAGGCCGAGAAGCGGGCCGCGGAGAAGGUGUCGGAGGCCCGCAAGCGAAAGAACCGGAGGUUGAAGCAGGCCAAAGAAGAGGCGCAGGCUGAAAUUGAGCAGUACCGCCUGCAGAGGGAGAAGGAGUUCAAGGCCAAGGAAGCUGCGGCUCUGGGCUCACACGGCAGCUGCAGCAGUGAAGUGGAGAAGGAGACCCAGGAGAAGAUGACCAUCCUCCAGAACUACUUCCAGCAAAACAGGGAGGAAGUCUUGGAUAACCUCUUGGCUUUUGUGUGUGACAUCCGGCCAGAAAUCCAUGAAAAUUACCGCAUCAACGGAUAGAAGAAAGCCGCCCUUAUUCCCUUGGUGGGCGCUGUAGACGCCCUCCUGGGAUGUGACGCUUCAGCAAAGCUCACAUGCUCUGCUCUCCCGACAAGGCAUUAAAAUCUUUUUGUGUGUUACAUAGGAGGGCCCUUCACUGGUUAGCUGCUCUGUACAGAGUUAGAACUUCUCCAAAGAGUUCAUCUUUUUACUUUGUAUUUUUUAGAGAAGUUUAAUAAGUGUGUGUUCUGUGUUUUCCUGUGCCUUUUAGUCUGAGCACCAUGUACGUCGGUGUUGAUAUUUGUCUGUCCUAGAUCUGGUAGGGGGGAAAAAAAGAAAGAAAAAAAAAACCCACAACUCUUUAAAGAAAGAAAGGGAUCACACAGUUUUUCCCCUAUGCUUUCUUGAAGGUCAGGGGCUUGAUCUAUGAAAAAGUAGUGAAUCGCUUCCUGUAACUAGCGUGAAGCAGCAGCUAGCCUUAACGUCAGUUUUAAGGAUGGAAGCACUGAAUUACUUGUGUAAUUGUUUAGGCUGCUUUUAGCUUAAUCAGAAUUACUAGAUGGCAGAAUUUAUUACAUGUUAUACUUGGUGUACUGGUAAUCUCUUAAAAGUAAAGACUUUGUCAUGUGUUCUCUCUC